AUGCAGGCGAUGAGGGCCGCGUCCUUAGUGCGGGCGGGCAGCGCUGCUCGUUCGGUGGUGGCCGCAUCGGCACCAGUUUCAUCGCCACCAGUUGCUGCUGCUGCCGCUGCUGCUGCUUCGGAUGUGGGCUUGGCGGCAGUUCGCGGCCUCCAGCCGGAAUCAGUGUUCAAGUACUUUGCGCAGCUGGCGCAGAUUCCUCGGCCUUCUAGGAAGGAGGGAAG